CCAAGAGCAGAGAUGGGUAACAGUUCAUCAAUCCCUGAUGGCUGCCCACUGAGGAUUGUGAUCAUUGGGAAAACUGGUGUCGGGAAAAGUGCUGCUGGUAACACCAUUAUUGGCAAAGAAACAUUUAAGGCUAAUGAGAGUUCAGAGUCAGUGACAGUGCACUGUGAGGCAGUUAAACUUGAGUGCACUAGAAAUGUCAAGUUGGUAGAUACACCUGGCCUUCUGGAUACAUCUAAGACUGCAGACAGUAUAAAGAAAGAAAUCGCGAAAUGCAUCCAGAUCUCCACUCCCGGCCCUCACGUCUUCCUCCUGGUCCUUCAGAUUGGCAGGUUUACCAAAGAAGAAGAAAACUGUGUGGAUGCCCUGGAGAAACUCUUUGGACCUGACGCAUCAAACUACAUGAUGAUUCUGUUUACUCAUGGUGACAAACUAACAAAUAAGAAAAUAACCAUACAUAACUAUUUGAGAACUGGCCACCAGAAGCUCAGAGAGCUGCUGAACAGGUGCGGUAAUAGGUACCAUGUAUUCGAUAACAAAAACAUCUGGAACAGAGGUCAGGUUGUUGAGCUGUUCAGAAAAAUUGAUGACAUGGUGGCAGCAAAUGGAGAAACACAUUACACCGAUGAAAUGUUUGAGAAGGCACAGCGAAUUCUGCAGCAGCAUGAAGCCAUAUAUGACAAUGAAUACCUCGCUAACAACGUGACCUUCAUGGCUGAACUGUUGCAGAGAAUCAUCUUGUUCCAGACCGUCUUGGGUUCAGAUAACGACGGUUAGAACCACUCAAGCGUGGGGUCUUAAUCUGGUGUAAAAUUAAGCAGCUGUCAUUUAAUAAAAUAUGUUAAUUUUCUAAAUGUAAAAUCAGUUUAGACAUAAAUGAUUUAGAACUAUAAUUUUCAAAAUUUGAUGCCUCAUUUAUUUUAAAUCACUUUCCAUUCUGCUGUAUAAUUUAUAUUUAAAUCAGUGGGAAUGUCUUCAAGUGAAUAUUUCUGUGGCUGAUCAUCUAAUUUCUAAAUGGAUACACAUUAUUAAACUCUGUGUUUCCUAUUUCUAGUUUAAAAUUUGUUAAAAAAGUAUCAUAUUUACGAUAACUGUUUAAAAAAUGAAGCUUAAAAAGGGUUAAAUGCUCUGUAGAAGGUAUAGCUAUAUGAUAUCCAUGCAUGAGGUUAAUAAAUAACAUGAGUGGCAUCCAAUAUUGUUUGAUGUACAUUUAUGAAAU